UGAUCCUGCCACGCUUUGUCCCACAUGACCUUUGAAAAAGUGGUAGAAAAGUUGAUUUGUUUGCAGUUUCGACAUUCUUCUGCUGUACUGCACCUACACACAGUUUGCUUCCAGUUUAACUGUGAUCGAUAUUCUUGUUUUGUUGGACGGCAGAUUUUUAGAUCGCUCCUGUGUUGCCGUGCAAUGUCAGAUAUGGACAACCCAGUUAGGGUCAUGGUGUGGGCCACUCACAGGACCUGUUCUUCUGUGCUCAUGAAGAGUUUAAGCAACCUUCCUGACUCCCAGGUGAUCUUUGAGAUUUACUCCACAGCCUACUACGAUGGGCCCGAGAGAUUUGACACAAAUGUCCUCGUCGAGGAGCCAGUCAACGCUGCCAUCAAGGUGGGCGAGGAUGGCCUGAUCAAAGGUCCUGGGUCAGGGUUCCCAGGUUCAAUCUGCAGCUACGACUGGGCAAGGCGACAACUGGAAGCUGACUACCCGGGCAAGACGGUGAUUGUGGCGAAGGAGAUAGCUCCCUGGCUCUGUGGCAGGUACAAAGACAUCCCGAGGGGAUACCGACACGUGUUCUUGAUCAGGCACCCGACCAAGAUGUUCCCGUCCUGGAAGAAGCUGAACCGGGAGUUUCUAGAGGAAGAGAGGGGUGUCAAAGUGGGUAUGGAGGAUUUCGAGCUGGAUCAGUUGCCCCCAAAGUUCGUGUCUCCUGGUCUGGACUACAAGGAGAUCUUUGACUUGUGGCAGUUUGUCAAAGACGGCAACUUGGACCCGGACCCUAUUGUUGUGGAUUCAGAUGACCUCGUCUGCAACCCCGCGCAGGUACUAUCGUCUCUUUGCAAGCAUCUGGGGAUACCCUACACCGACUCCCUUCUGUCAUGGCAGCAAGGCACAGAGUGUGUCGAGGACUGGCUUGUCGAUUCUCGGCUCAAAUACAUCAUAGAAAACAUGGCCAUUUUCCACAACUUCCGGGAAAGCACAUGCUUCAUGAAACCAGCAACUGUAAGUAAAGUUCCAGAUGUUGCGUCCUUCUCCGCAGAUCUGCAACGCUGUAUCCACUCCAGCAUGCCUUACUACUCCACGAUGUACGAACAGCGUUUCAAGUACUGAUCAUAACCUAACAUUAUCUUAACUUCUGAGGAAGCCUUAUAAUGCUACAUUUGAUACAAUUGAUAAACUUGCAUUUCGAGACUGAUAAUGUAAUAAAAUUAACUCCAGUCUGACUCUCGUACUUUGCGAUGAAAGCAAUGGAAUAUUCCCUUAUUUUUAACAUUAAUUUUAACUCAUAAACAUUCAUUGUUUGUAUUUUAUUUAACGGUACUGGGCAUUAAAGACAUGUACAACUCAAAACAAACACAGCAGAAGUAUUUGGAUGGCAUUCCACUCACGCAAACAUUUCCGAAUCAUUUUCCAAUGGACACAGGAACUAAAGAAGAAGACUGCAAAAUUUUGAAAACAUCCUGUGUUGAAGAAAAUUAAUUAAGUGCUCUCUGCUGGUUUCACUUUGGCAGGCAAAACCUAAGGAAUGAAUUUACGCAUAUUGUGUUAGGCCUUACACUUCAUUCUGUAUGCAAAUUGUUGGACUAUAUGGGUACAGUGGAGUCCACGCUAAAUAUAGAACUGAGAAGAGGUCCAAGGUCAUACAUGUAAGGCCAAAUAAAAAAAGGUACUGGUUCAAGUCACCCCAUUGACCAUGAAAUGCGACUCCACAAGUUUUAUGAGGUCAGUAAAAAAAAAUUAAAUAGUUCGAUACUGUUUCCGGAUCUCGACCCCAUACAAUGUUAUUGAUGUUUUAUUAUCACAGGAUUACAUUACAGAUUUGCUCAAUUUUUUGUUCAUGAGAAUGUUUCAUACAGGAAAGUUAUGUUGUUUGGUUCGUUUUCCUCUUGACAAAUAAAAUAGUUGGCUUUAAAUCCUGAAGCAGUUUUUUUAAUUCUUUAUUCACUAUCCCAGUUAAAAAAAAAAGAAUGAAGAGAGCUUAUUGGAAUAUUUUAACCCAUUUACUUUGUAAACCCUCCCACAGAAU